CCGGGUUUGGACAUUUAUUUGACCUUUUGACGCAUUACAUUUCGACUAAAGCCCAACUCCGAUGUUUUUCAAUCUUCCAUUCGGCUCUGCCACCUGAUUUCUUCCCAUUAAUUCGCCUGCUCGACUUCGUGCUUGAGUGACGCAGAAUGGAGUGCGUAGUUCAAGGAAUUAUCGAGACCCAACAUGUGGAAGCUCUUGAGAUUCUACUUCAAGGACUUUGCGGUGUCCAUAAAGAAUGCCUAAGGAUACAUGAAUUAUGCAUUAAAAGUGUGUCAAACUUAGGGUUAGUAGGCUCUGAAAUUCGCCUCAUAUGUGAUCUUGAGCAACCUGAACCGACUUGGUCAGACGUUAUACGUAGUAUUGUACAUAAAAAGAACUUAUAAUCCAUAGCAAACAUUGUUCCACAACAACUUAUUUUGCUGGAAACAAACAGAGCCUAAGUUCCAUCUAAAACCACCAAGUUCUCAGGACUGUACGACACAUUGGCGGAGCGAUGAGAGGAUCCGGUGCUGAUCAGAUCUCAGUUCUAGUGAGAACAGUGGUAGAAAGCAAAGUGAGCAAGAACGCACUCCGAGUCUUUAACUGCCUUGGCUACAAAUUAGACCACGAGUUAUUGAGAGUUGGGUUUGGGUUUCAUUUCCAGAGAGGGGCAAACAUAACUGUUACCGUAUCGUCCAUAAAUAAGAUGCUUAAACUGCACUCCACGGAUGAUGCUGUACCUGUAACCCCAGGCAUACAACUAGUCGAAGUGACGGCACCUGCAUCGUCUGAAAACUACUCAGAAGUUGCUGCUUCUGUUUCUUCAUUCUGUGAAUAUCUUGCACCGCUGCUGCAUUUGUCGAAACCAGGCAACUCAACUGGGGUUGUUCCUACGGCUGCGGCAGCUGCUGCUUCUCUCAUGUCUGAUGGCGGAGGCACUAAACUUUAGCGCAAUGUUUAUGGCAAUUUGGCUAUAGAUCAACAAAAGCUUUCAGUUCCUUAUUAUUGGUAAUUAUAUGGACAACCCCUUCAUUCUGAUUGUAAUACCUCAGAUUUUCCAAUUCCAGUGACCAAUACUACUAUUUCUCUAAAAUCCCCUGCCCACCUGGGUUGCCGUGAAUAAGAGUAAUCAUAAAAUGAUGAUGAUCAUCAUCAUUACCCCAGUGCCGCAGAGGCUACCACCUACAGUGGGGUAAGGGGGGGUCGGAUGUACGCAACCUUACCCCUGUACUAGAGUACAAAGAGACCGUUUCCUGAUGACCCAUAGUGAAAAUUGCGUCAAAAAUUGCAUAGACUGGUAGUUGCUUCAUACAAAGAAGCGCAGACAAUUUAAUGAGCCAUUUUGCUUUAUUCCAUCAUAUUCU